AUUGGUUGGAGCACAGCUUUCUCUUUUGGUUUUCACUUUUCUAUUUAGCAUAAAGACAAACCCAGACAAUUUUCCUGUUUCAUGAAACAUUUUUUCUUCAUCGUCUUAUUUCCAAACCAUAAACAUUCUUCUCACAGAUAAAAAGAAAACACUCUCUCUGAUUCUGUUUUCUUUUGUCCCUGAAACAAAAUCCCUGGGAUUCAACGAAGAAAAGUUCAGAUUUUAGAGUCCUCUAAACUAUCAUUUUUUUUUUCAAUACUUGUUGCAUUUUCCGAUAAAUCUUACUCGGAAACCAAGCGUAGAUGUUUCCGAUCCUUCGAAUUUCUUCCAAUUCCCAGAAAAUUUUUGGAAUUUUAUGCAAAAUUCUCGUGUAUUCCCAGUAUAUAAUUCAUUGGAAAACGAUUUGAUUGAUUUUUUUUUCUUUUUUUGGAUUGUAUUAUUCUGUGAGAUUUUUUAUGAAUUUAUCGGAUUGAGAAUUUUUGAAAUGGAAGGUGGAGGAGGAAGACUCUCGAGUGAUCGUCGAAGAGUGACUCUUCUCGAUCAGAUGUCAGCAGCUGCAGACAGCCGAGACCUAGCAGGAUUAACACUCGACGACGUUUUAGGCACUGAGAAACGGCCCGUUCCAGCUCCACCACCCGCUCCACCACGGUCUCAAUCGGGUCGGACCCUUUUAGACAUCAUCCGAGACGAAGAACCCAAAUCCGGCACUUUCAAAGGCUUUAGCAACAGAGACAAGAAGGCUUGGAAAUCUUUCAAAGAUCGACUCCGACUCAAACGCGCCGGCAACGCCUGGAAUAGCUCUGCCCCUAUCCCGGCCUCGGAUAUCCGUAUCCUGAAUCACCGUUCCCUGCUUUUGCGCCACAACUCGGUCAAUUUCCACACGGCCUCGCUCCCAACCGUUUCGCGCCACAACAUGGCCUACCCGAACGAAAACCCUGUCGAUAUCCCAGCCGUUGGCGAUAUGAUGGCGCCGCCGAAUAAUGGCAGGCCUCAGAUUUCUCGGCGCGGCUCCACUCGUUUCGGCGCGUUUUCUUCCGACAACAGCGACGACGACGUGCUGGCGGGUCAGAAUACCACCAGGCCGCAAAUAUCUCGCCGGCAUUCCGUACGCUUCGCGCUGAGUUCAGAUGACAAUGUGGGCGAUCAGACCGAUCCUCCGCAGCGCGAGGGCUCGCGCCGACUGUCCGCGGCUUUGGCAGAUGAGAGGUCGCUGUCAGCGAGGGAAGCUGUAGCGGCGCAAGAGGCGGCUGAAGCUGAAGCUGCGGCCGCCGCAGCCGCGGCGGAGCAGGAGGCGGAGGACGAAGAUGGUGAGUCAGCGCCGGAAGGAGGGGAAGGUGGACAGCCGGUGAGGAUGUCACUAAUGGACCUGUUGGAGGAGACAGAUAGGCAGAUGGGGUUGGUGGGGUCCAGAUACAUGAUGGGUGAUGAGGAUGACUAUGAUGAAGAAGAAGAAGAAGACGAAGAAGAUGAGGAAGAAGAGAGUAAUGGAGUUGAGCACAAUUGCUGCGUGUGCAUGGUGAGGCAUAAAGGUGCGGCUUUUAUCCCGUGCGGGCAUACAUUCUGUAGGCUGUGCUCGCGUGAGCUUUGGGUGAGCAGGGGCAAUUGCCCUCUCUGCAAUGGCUUCAUCUUGGAGAUUCUUGACAUCUUCUAAGAAACCAAGAGAAAAAAACUUUACCACAGCCAAAUCCAUGAUGGAAAUCACUUAUUUGGAUUUUCAAACCAUUUUUGGUCUUCUGGAUUUUAUGGGGUUGGAAUCUGAGUUAGAACAAGUUUAUAUAUGCAUGAUCUGAUCCCUCGAAAUUUCGAUUCAAAUUGCAUCUCAAAGUUUCAGGUAUCACAUACCAAGUCUCCCCUGUUAUAAUUUAGUGCUCGAGCUGCUAUGAGUAUGGAUUUGUAUAUAUGCAAUUUUUUUUUUUUUUUUUUAAUUUUGUUGUUAUGCAUUACAAGAUUGAUCACAUAAAAAUGCCCUUUUGCCUGUGGAAAUGUUGUCCUUUUCUGUGUCCUGUUAAAGAUUGUUGAAAAUGUAAUUUUGCUGAAAUAUUAGAGCCAAGAGCUUUCCGUUAA